CGGAGUCCAUGCUGAGUUGGGGGCAGACACAUAAAAUAAUUGUACACACAAACUUUUAAGAUUGAAGUCAUGCAAGAGGUGUGUGGGUUGUGAGAGCCCAAGAAAGUCCAGAGGCAUCCCGAAGAAAGCGACGCUAAAGCUGACAUGAGGGGUGGGAAGGUGUCCAGGAGGUGAAGAGGCAGAAUGCUGCAGGCAGAGGCUGUGCAAAGUCCCUGUGGCAGGAAGGAGCAUGCUGAGAGUAAGACUGAGAGAAGACCAGAGGCUGGAGCACACAAGAGAGAGGAAACGGGCUGUUUCUUCUUACCAUUUCCAUCUUCCUGGCGCUGGGCCAGCCCAGGAGCCCCAAAAGCAAGAGGAAGGGACAAGGGCGGCCUGGGCCCCUGGCCCCUGGCCCUCACCAGGUGCCACUGGACCUGGUGUCACGGAUGAAACCGUAUGCCCGCAUGGAGGAGUAUGAGAGGAACAUCGAGGAGAUGGUGGCCCAGCUGAGGAACAGCUCAGAGCUGGCCCAGAGAAAGUGUGAGGUCAACUUGCAGCUGUGGAUGUCCAACAAGAGGAGCCUGUCUCCCUGGGGCUACAGCAUAAACCACGACCCCAGCCGUAUCCCUGCGGACCUGCCGGAGGCACGGUGCCUGUGUCUGGGCUGUGUGAACCCCUUCACCAUGCAGGAGGACCGCAGCAUGGUGAGCGUGCCAGUGUUCAGCCAGGUGCCUGUGCGCCGCCGCCUCUGCCCGCCACCGCCCCGCACAGGGCCUUGCCGCCGGCGCACGGUCAUGGAGACCAUCGCUGUGGGCUGCACCUGCAUCUUCUGAACCACCUGGCCCAGAAGCCAGGCCAGCAGCCCGAGACCAUUCUUCCUGCACCUUUGUGCCAAGAAAGGCCUAUCAAAAGUAAACACUGACUUUUGAAAGCAAGA